CGUGCAGUGUCGCGGUGACAAGAUGCCGUUGAAUAGCAGCAGCAGCAGCGAGAAUUGCAUUGCUGAUGCAAUCAAUAAAACCGUAACUCCGCAAGAUGUAGCUCUUGUGGCGCAGCGUUUUACCGAGGACCCGUUGGUUCAAGUACUCAAGUACGACUUGGGGAAUUACUCAUCCCACAAACUGGGAUUUUUGGGGAGCCACAGACAACUGACGGUUGAAAUUAAGAGGAAGGAUGAAAGUGACGUAGAAACGCUAAAGUUCUUCGUGAAGUCCGUACCCUACGAUUGCGAGAAACAGGCCGAGUUCAUCAGCGACUUGGCCGUUUUUGACGAAGAGUACAAUUUUUUCAACGCCAUCGCUCCGGUGCUGCUGAAAAAUUACGUGGGCGAGAAAUUCGCGCCAAUCUGUUACCUGCCAAAGCCAGACUCCCUAAUAAUGGAAGACCUCAGGUGUCGCAAUUACCAACUACGGGAGAGCUUUUUCGAUUGCUAUCAAGAGGUGAAAUCGGCCCUCUCGACCCUAGCGCGAUUCCACGCCUCUUGUAUCAUCGCCGAGGCCGAACUUACUCAGUCGUAUAAGAAACCUACGACUUUGAAAGACUACUGUCCGAACCACUUGACGGAAAAAGUCUUCAAGAAAGACAUCCGCUCGUACAUUUGGGUCAAACAUGGGACGGAAAUCGUCUGCGCCGUGGCCGAGAGGAUCGGACGAGACCCUGAAAAAUUGCGCCGAGGCUUGGAUCGACUCUACGAGGUGGUAAAGCCUUCAAAAGUCCAUCGCAACGUCAUAGCACACUCCGACCUUUGGACGAACAAUGUCAUGUUCGACGAUACCAAACCAACGCCAAAAUCCGUACUCGUGGACUUUCAGGUACUCAGGUAUGGUCCUCAGGUCCUGGAUGUCCUGAAGCUUUUGCAUUUACACACGUCUAGAGAUUUCCGUAAGACCCACGAGAAGGAGUUGGUGCAGAUUUACCAGUCAGUGGUGGAGGAAACGGUGAAAAUGAGUAAAAUGUCAGGGAUAGCCAAGGUCUCGUCCUUACAGGAAACUGUUGCUGCGAUGGAUGAUUUGAGAAUAUUUGGGCCUGGUAUGGCUAGUUUGUACUUUCCUAUGGUACUAAUGGAUCCGGAAAUAUUAAAAGAAAAAACAAAGGAUUCCGAAGGGUUUAAUAAUUUUCUAUUUGGUGACAGGAUUGAAAUCACUUUAGAAUAUAUGGAAAAAAGCGAGUUGUACAAUAAUAGAAUAGUGGGAGCUGUUAGCGAUUUAGCAAACAUAUGUGAUACAUUGUAAAUUAUAAUUUUCUCAAAAGAUAAUUGUGACAUUUAAGUAAUAAUUAUAGUCGAAAUUGCGGUAUACUAAUUGAUCGGACAAAGUUCGUAACUGUUAAUAUAGGAGCUAAAAACAGUAUUAACAAAAUUAUGCUUUAACAAAUAGAACGUUUGAUAGUACUAUUUAAAUUUUAUAAAUAAUAUAUAUUCAUGGCAAAUUAAAAAAAAAUCAACAUCAUAUAAUUUUUA